CGAAAACCCCGGCCAACUGGCGGGGCCCAAUGCUAAUUUGCUAUUAAAAUACCGAUAUCGUACCAAUUUCCACUCUCGUCGUACUAAAAAACAAACUAUGACCGGGUUGGCAAUUUGACGGCUGCGCAGCGCGCGUGGGCGAAGAAAUCGGAGCGGAACUCCCAAAACUCCCUCGUCUCUGUCACCCCGUCUUUCUUGUUUUAGGUCCACAAAAUACGAACAACAACAGAGCGCAGCCGCUGGCAAGCAAGAGCCAGCCAACGCUUCGACAGUUCCGCCACCGCCACCCUCCGCCAACUGUCCAUCCUCCACCAUCUCCCUCUCCCUCUCCCCUUCUUAUAAAGCGCUCUAAGCUGCCGCAGUCAUACAAACCGAAAAAACAGAGAGUUCCUGAUUGACAAAAUGGCGGCAAUCAACAACCAGAUGAUCUCCAGUAGAACCUCCGCCGACGCCUCCGGCCUCUUCUCCUCUUCAAGAAGCUUCUCCGGCGGCGACCGCUCCGCCGCCUUCCUCUACGUCGCCAAACCUGCGAGGAGAUCCGUACCUUCUGGCUUCAAGCUAAGAUCGAUGAAGCUCUCCGAGCCGUCUGUUCCCUUGCCCGACAUUCCCAUCUCGCCCAACGUUCCCGUACCUGCUGACAAGCUAAAUUCUGCUCCUGACAGCCUAGCAGUGAAUCAUAUCGUGGGCUCUGAUAAGACGCGGCCGAUUGCUCUGAGGAAGACGAAGAUAGUCUGCACGAUUGGUCCAUCGACGAGCUCUCGAGAAAUGAUAUGGAAGCUGGCAGAAACUGGGAUGAAUGUGGCUCGUUUGAAUAUGUCGCACGGAGACCAUGCCUCGCAUCAGAAGACGAUUGAUCUGGUUAAAGAGUAUAAUGCGCAGUUUGAGGACAAAGUUAUUGCGAUUAUGCUUGACACUAAGGGUCCUGAGGUUAGAAGUGGAGAUUUGCCUCAACCGAUCAAUCUCGAGGAGGGUCAGGAAUUUAAUUUCACAAUCAAAAGAGGUGUUGCAACCGAGGAUACAGUGAGUGUGAAUUAUGACGACUUUGUGAAUGAUGUGGAGGUUGGAGAUACUCUACUUGUGGAUGGUGGAAUGAUGUCGUUAGUUGUGACGUCAAAGUCGAAGGAGUUGGUUAAAUGCGAAGUAGUUGAUGGUGGGGAACUAAAAUCACGACGGCAUUUGAAUGUGCGUGGUAAAAGUGCAACUCUUCCUUCAAUUACAGACAAAGACUGGGAAGAUAUAAAAUUUGGAGUGGACAACCAAGUAGAUUUUUAUGCUGUCUCAUUUGUUAAGGAUGCUAAAGUGAUCCAUGAAUUGAAAGAUUAUCUCAAGAGCAACAAUGCAGACAUCCAUGUGAUCCCAAAGAUAGAAAGUGCUGAUUCUAUUCCAAACCUUCAUUCAAUUCUUUCUGCUUCUGACGGGGCUAUGGUUGCUCGUGGAGACCUCGGUGCAGAACUUCCCAUUGAGGAAGUUCCUCUGUUGCAGGAAGAUAUCAUUAGAAGGUGUCACAGCAUGCAGAAACCAGUUAUUGUGGCAACCAACAUGCUAGAAAGCAUGAUUGAUCAUCCUACACCAACAAGGGCUGAAGUAUCUGAUAUAGCAAUUGCAGUUCGUGAAGGAGCUGAUGCUGUCAUGCUUUCUGGAGAAACUGCUCAUGGAAAAUACCCAUUGAAAGCUGUUAAAGUAAUGCAUACCGUGGCAUUGAGGACAGAGGCAAGUUUGCCUGCAAACACAACUCCCCCGUCUCAGGAUGCACACAUGAGCCAUAUGGGCGAUAUGUUUGCCUUUCAUGCUACAAUCAUGGCAAACACUCUUAAUACGCCCAUCAUUGUCUUCACAAGAACUGGAUCCAUGGCAGUGCAGUUGAGUCAUUACCGCCCUUCCUCGACAAUUUUUGCCUUCACAAAUGACGUAAGGAUGAAGCAGAGACUGGUACUUUACCAGGGAGUCAUGCCAAUUUAUAUGGAGUUCUCAAAUGAUGCAGAAGAGACCUUCUCUCGAGCACAUAGGCUCCUAGUGGACAAGGGCCUGUUGGUCGAAGGACAGCACGUGACUCUCGUCCAGAGCGGAGCUCAACCCAUUUGGCGCGAGGAGUCAACGCACCACAUCCAAGUUCGUGAGGUUCAGAGUUGAUUUUUAUGCACCGUAUGGAGUCUCAUAUUCCAGAUUGUUUUCUUAACUGAAGUAGGUUGUUGUGAACUAGCUGCUCUUUAUAUACGUACAUGAGCAUUCGUUUAUCGAUACAAGCAUUAACAUUUCCAUAGCACGAACGACCAAAGAUCUUAAUGAAAUUCUUUUUUUCUCGAGUGAUGAUUGUUUAUUAUAAUAUCCUCUUAACUUGGACAAAUAAAACGGCACCUGCCUU